ACGGUUAUUGCGCAGUUUUUCUCGUAAUAUUUCGGGGUGUCGUUGUGGCGUUUUUAUGCUGCGUUUUUUAACUCGCCGAAGGGCGAUCUAAAGGACGGGGGCCCGCCUCUCGCGAUCCCAAAUAUGCCCUAGCGAAAACGCGCAUGUCGGUGUGUUGCGCGUUCCAUGGCGUAAGCAUCUGCGUUUUUGAAGGAACGUGAGGCGCGCUUUGCGCUUUUUCGUCGUAAGAAGCCGCGCAACAAGGUGGAAACUGUCGGCAGUAGAUGCUGUUCAGAGCUGUCUGUGGAGCUUUCCUAACGUGUUGCUUUGCUACGUUUGUCAUGGCUUGGAGGUCGCACGGCAAAAACAACCUCGAUUUGGUGCGCAACUUGAAGCGCAAUGGAAUCAUCAGGACCCAGAGGGUUGAAGACGUGAUGAGUAGCGUUGACAGAGGAAAUUACUGCCCGCACAACCCCUACAUGGAUUCACCGCAGGGGAUCGGAUACGCCGUCACAAUCAGUGCACCGCACAUGCAUGCCCAAGCCCUGGAGUCACUCAAGGACCACCUCAAGGAAGGGGCUAGGGCUCUGGACGUCGGCUCGGGGAGCGGCUACCUCACAGCUUGCAUGGGGCUCAUGGUUGGCGAGACUGGCUUGGCCGUGGGCAUCGACCACAUCCCAGAACUGGUCAACGAGUCCAUUGCCAACAUUGAACGCGACCAGCCACAGCUGCUUAAAUCUAAGCGGGUCAAGAUGAUCGUGGGUGACGGUCGUGAAGGAUAUCCCGAGCACGCUCCAUACGAUGCAAUCCACGUGGGAGCGGCGGCCCCAGAUAUGCCAAAGAAGCUGGUGGAACAGCUGAAGCCCGGUGGACGCCUGAUCUGUCCCGUUGGACCGGCUGGUGCGAGCCAGACGCUGGAGCAGGUGGACAAACUGGAGGACGGCACCGUGCGGCGCACCUCCCUCAUGGGCGUCGUCUACGUGCCGCUGACAGACAAGGAGUCUCAGUGGCCCGGAAGGGUUGUCUGCACCACGCUGUAAGAGAUGAAUUCCCGGUGGCUCACCUCUAGCAGUGGCCGCCGUGAUGAAUUAUAAGAGGAAGGCAGCAGCGCGCGGCAAGUGUGAAGAGUCGUCGUCUCGCCAAGCAGAGGCCGACAAGACCUAGUCCUCGUUUCUCCUCCUAAGCGACAACCCAGACGAGCACAAUGCGGGGACGCGUUUUCACUCCAGGUUGCGGAAGAUGGCAGUCUCUCGCGGUUGACACCUCCCCCCCCCCACUUUUAUUUUUAAUCUUUUCUCGUCCCAGAAAUGUGCCGACUGUUGCGAACAUAUUUAUGGACUCUACGCCUCCACGCCAGCUUGAUGUUGCAAAGCUGAACUGGCAGUUCCCCACAAACUUCUGGGUCGUGCGACUUGUGUGACUGGGUGAUUUGUGUGGGUGUGGUGGGUGUGUUGAAUAUGCGAAAGGGGCCGGGGCCGUUGGUUUCGUUCCUGUGCCUCCUCCGAAAGUGUUGCAUCUGAAAUGAGCUUUGGCCAUGCUCUAUACCUGCUGCGGUGUGUGUUCUACACUCACCCCUUUCCCCCCUUUUUUUUUUCUUUCUUUUGCACAGUGUGAGGUGUUCACCAGGCCUAUCCUUGGAGCAGCGCAACAUGUAGUGUUUCAGGGGGUACACUGCUCUUUAAUUUUUUUUUAAAAGCUUCUUGAUUGAUUUUGAUGAAACUUCCCGAGUUCUAUGUGUAUUUACGUGCUGAUUUAAAAUAUGCAGUUAUUUUUCCAGUGCAAUAUGUGUUUUUUUUUAAAUGUCUAACGUUUCAUGUGCCUUGGAGCAGCACCUUUUUUUCUAAACUGAGAGAGUUAAAAAGUAAAUCAACAUAUCACAAUAAUUUGGCUUUAGAACUGUAUGCAGUAAAACAAGGAUGGGUGUUCUAAACCCAUUUAAACAAAUGCUAUGAUGGUAUGCUGAAUUUCAUGAGCGAUAUCCAAUCGACUGACUCGCGAUUGUUCAGCAUACCAUAACAUCUGCUUAAGUGGCUUUAGAAUAUGCAUUCUUGUUUUAAUGCAUACAGUUUUCAUGCCAGAUUAUUGUGAUAUGCUGAUUUGCUUUGUAACUAUCUAUGUUUAGGAAAAAUCUUGCUCCUAACAAAGCAGAUGAAAUGUUUGAUGUUAUGAAAACUGCGCAUUCUACUAGAAAAAUAAUUGCAUAUUUGAAAUCGGCUCACGAAUUUACAGAAACUCUGCAAGUUUCAUUAAAAUCAAUCAAGAAUUUUAGAAACAGCUUUAUGGUGCAGUGUCUCCACUUAAAUAACCUCAUCCUGAAGGUUCCUCACAGCUUUCCAUGAAUGUAGAGUUCACUGGGUCUCUGAUUUGCCAUCCAGAACUGUGCACAAUUGCCCGAAGUGCUUCAUUGUGCCAGUGAGACUUGGUACAUGCAGUGGCUCUGGUAAACGCAGUCUGGGUGACAGACCAGAGACCCGUGGACUCCCAGUGUUUUUGAUCCACUGGAACGACUGGGUCAGUUCUGAUGGUUGUACUCAUGUUAUUGGGUGGGUGCUGAUGCGGAAUGGGAGAGUGGUUCCCGGUGAUUCCAAGUGGGCAGGAAAAUGUUAAUGCUGUCAUGGCUGUGGUUCCUUGUGAUCUGAUACUCUCUACUAUGUUCAAUGUGCUUAAAAAACAGCAUACGUUUUUUCCCUUAUUAGUGCUGUCAAGGAUCAAGAUUUGUUUACGUUUACUGAAGAAGUUAUUUUUGUCCUCUAGAAUAUAUAUAGGCUUCGGUUGCAAAGGUAUGGUCAGUUUGGUCUCUUUGUACAGCCACCCAUUUUUUUUAAUGCGAACGCGCGAGCAGCAAAAUGAACGAGAAUUGAUGAGCAGUCCUGUGCAGCUGUCUGACUCCACCCCCGCUUCUUUUGAGGACCGUUAUCGUCAUCCUUUUUUCUUUUCAGAAUGCUGUCAUAAAGUUAUAAAGAAAAGGUCAAGUGGUCGCGCUUGAGAUGGAUGGGAUGUGAUAAACACUCACUGAUUAUACGUGUGUAUCAGCGUUUUUUUUUUUUCUUUUUCCUGUGGUUUACGCAGCACCUUUCAGAGGCAGAAAAUAUAUCUGCCACUGCAAGCCAAAAACAAGACAAAAAAGCAAGUACGAAAAAGCAAGUGGGGUUGGGUCCGUUUCACAUAACAGCCUGGCAGAUGAAAGCUGCACCAGACUGUUCACUGCGCGCAUGCACAUAUUCUUGUUCAUUUUGCCGCUGUGCUCCAUUAUACGGCGCUUAUCGACUUGGCAGUCGACGCUUGUGCGUUCAGGUUAAAAAAAUGGGCAGCUGUACUUCAUUGUAUAUAUACCACGCUUUUCUGUGUGUAAAAAAAAAACAAAUUGUAAGCUCUUCUGGCAUACCAAAUGUCUAAAAAUGGAAAUAGAUGGAGUUCUAGAAACUUGAUUAACUGUCCUUUUCAACCAAGUAAAUUUUGCUACGCAACUGUUUUUUUAAUCUAUUAAUGUUUGCUUAGAAAGCUUUCUAUCGUUAUCCCACUAACUUCGUGAAUGCCCACAAAGAGUGCACUGAAUGAAUUGAAUUGAGGUCAGGUUGCUUUGGUUCAAUAAACAAUUGGUGUUGCCCAUA